GCUGCAGGUAGAAGGAUGCAAAAAAAAAAAGAAAGAAAGCACAGAACGCGCGUGAGGAGUGCCGGCUGCUGCUGUCAUCUGAUCGAGGAGCUCGAGUACUCAGCGUCAGCGCUCCAUCUGAAGUUGUGAACAGCUGCUGGCACAUGUCGAUCCCACAGACGUCACAGAGUAUGCCGAGGUGUUGGACUCUCCUCGUGGCUCUGGUGCUGGGUUGCAGCGGCCAGAUGCAGCAGCACCAGCAGAUGCAUGUUCCACAGAACAUCCCCCAGAUGCAGGUGCCGCAGAUGGGACAGCAGCAACAGCAAGGUGUCUACCAACAGCAGAUGCCACAACAGUUCGUGCCACAGCAGCAAGGCAUUGGGGUCCCACAGCCAGGGAUGCAGCCAGGGAUGAUGCAGCAACAACAGCCGAUGGGAGGGGCCCCCCAGGUGGCACCUGGUGGCAGCUUCAUUCGUGAGAAGGCACAUGUCCAGGACCGGGCACACAUCCAGGAGCACCUGAGUGAGAUGCUGGGCCCUAACCAGGACAUGAGCAAGAUGAGCGAGGAGGAGCUGCAGUUCCACUACUUUAAGCUGCACGAUAACGACGACAACAACAAGCUGGAUGGCCUCGAGCUCAUCAAGUCUCUCAUCCACUGGCAUGUUGAGGAAAGCAAGCAUCUGGCUCAGCAGGGUCAGCGGCAACCCACCCCCCAUGGCACUACCAAGCUGUUCACUGAUGCUGAGCUUCAGGCCAUGAUUGACCCCAUCCUCCAGAUGGACGACCGCAACCGUGAUGGCUUCAUUGAUUACCCAGAAUUUGUGGCUGCACAGAAGUCACGUGGCUUUUAGCCACAUCUCCCACAAUGAACCUUUCACAGGAUAUGCCAGAGCAUCUACAGAGCAGUCUCGGUUUGUUGUUGCACAUUUUUUUUUUCUGUUGUUCUCGAGCCAUGUUUCUCAACAUGAUGUCAUUCAUACCACAAGCUUCUGCAUUUGAAUCUAAAACUCUCCCAUCGUUUCUUUGUGAAUUUGUCUUGGUAAAUUUUUUAAUUUUUCUCCAGCCUUAUUCUGCAUCAUGCAUUGCACCCAUGUGUGCUUGAGUAGACGAAUCUCGCAUCAUUCGGUUGUGAAGUUUGGAACAAGAGAUGAACUGCGGCAUAUUUAGACACUGCCGACAGUGUACUGCAUCCUCCCAAUGGUGUAACAGAUCUGCUGACCUUCACUGCUGUGCAAGUGAUCUCUCACUAUGUGUUGAAAACUGUUGGGUGCAUUUGGUGGCCUAUAUCUAGCAACAUUUCAAUUAUUGUUUCCCUUACAUUUUACUACAAUGUUGCAUUUCUUGCUCCCUGUGGCUUGUCUGCUUCUUUUGUAAGAAAUUAAAACAUAGUUACCUGAGUAUUUUUCAGGCAUGUAGACUGGUUUCCCUGCCUCUUAUCAGCUUAGGCAAACAGCAAUGCGAAGUGUUCCACUUGAAUAUUGCGCAGCUUGAAAUUGCUGAAAAUUGUAAUCAUAAGCGCAAAAUGUUUUCAGAGCUGUUAGUACUGCAGGUAGUAUCGAUGUAUGGCACAUCACUGAGCCAAUUGAAUGUUUGUGCUGCUUCUGUGUAAUCCAUUAUUCUAUUCCUAAACCAGUAAAUGUAACUUAUUAGUUUCCUCUAAGAAUUAUUUGAUUAUACUAGCUCCUGUUAUCCAGAUUGAGAUUGUUGAUUAGCACUUUAUUGUUAAUUCACUCUGUGACAACCGUUUCCUGCCAAUUACUUGACCAUUUUUUCUGCAUUCUGUUUAAGACAGCUUAAUGUACUUUAAUUUCAAUUGUGUUUGCCUGUUGUCUGUACAGUCAUUUUUAUAAAUACUAAGAAAUGUUUGGUAGGUGAUGAUGAUACUUCUCAUUCUCUUUAAAGUUUGGUACAGUGAAGCUCUCAUUACAGAGCAGGAGCACUACUGGUUUUGUGUUGUGACAUGAAACAACAGGUAUGUGAAUGUUGGGGAGACAGGAUUUCACAAAGUGACUUGUGAAUUCAUUGAGGGAAGAUUCUACAUAUAGACGUAGAACUACUGUACGUGGCACUGGCUUGAAAGGGAACUCAUCUAUUUGGUUUCAACAAAGCCCUGUUAUACUAGCGUUUUAAAACUUCAUUUAAAUCUUCAUUCAAAGGGAAGACAUGGCAUGUAGCCAGACAUUUCCCUCCUCACUCAGUAUUUUUUUGUUUAUCUGUACCUGGCACAAAACAAUGUGUGGCAACACUCACCUAUGCAGCCAGUGCCCACUACCCCAAAACUGUCAACAUGUUGAGGUAAAUGGACCUUAGUGCACCAAUGAUGUAUAUAAGCUGAAAUGUCUGGUGCUGUAUAAAAUGUGGCGCACUGUAUGCAAGUUCAGAAGUUGAUUAGCAGUUUAUGAUGGGCAUUGAGCGUGUCAAAUUCAUUGCAGUGGUAGCAUCCUUGAUGUUCCUACCCACUGUGUAAGGAGUUCCAUGCUACAGUGCUCAUAUGUGUGUACUGGCACCACCUUUUUCCACCUCCUUUAAAUGCUUCUAUUUAUUUCUGUUUGCCAUGCCGUUCACUUGAGUACAAGAACUUUGGGGGUAGAGGUAUUUCUUGUAUGUUUUACAUCUAAUACAUUGUAUAGUGGCUGAUGUUUGUGCCACUUCUGAUGCAUGUGAUAUAUUCAUGUCCCAAAACUAUUGUGCCAUCACACAAGUUGAGCGAGUGCUUCUCUUUCAUCACAAUGUAUAACAGUGGAAUUAGCAGCAUUGAAGAGCAUCUCUCCAGUCCUAAGUUGAUCAGCAGCAGGAAGGCACAUGAAUUUGUUAGUGCUGAGUGUAAAAUGCUUCAGAUGUGAGUGUCAUUAAUUACCACUCAUCUAGUGAUUAGCAUGGAAGUGUGCCUGGCUUGGCAUCUGCAGUUCGAGAGUGUGAAUGAACGAUGAUAAUGUAAGGGAUAAUCGUGAAUAGUGCAGCAAACACUGAAGUGCAUGCAGUUGACCAUUACUGCCAAUGCUGUUGUCUCUGUUCUGUUGUACACAACUCGGGUGUGUUGUCUCUAUGCUAAUGCACUUUAUGGCGGUCUUGCAUCAUGCUUGUGAAAAAAAAAAAAAAUUUUCUGGUUAUAUUUUAAGUCCCAGCUGUUUUGCAGUCAAUUUCUUGCACAUACAGUAGAACCCCGCUGAUACGUUUUUGAAAGGACCGUAAGAAAUAAACGUUAGAGCCAGGAAACCCAAAAGCCGAGAAACAGGAAAAAGGAAAAAAUAUUUAGUGCUACAGAAUUUUAUUUCAAUGCCCAUGCUUGAAAAAAACUGUGUGACGCUGCCUGGUGCGUUAACUUAUGCCUGUGCAGCACGAAAAGUUUUUGGAACACCUGUAUAGUAUCAUAGUGCCACCACUUAUGCGAUCACUUAUGGCGAUACGUUCGCGAGAUUGUCAUCAGAUGCGUCGGUGUCUCCGAGCGACAUUUACCCCCGAAAGCAAUCGUCGAAGAAAAUGAUGCCUGCUCCACAAAUAUCCUCAAUUUCGUCACUGGUGCACCAGGGGCAUAGGCAGAAAUUUUUUUCGAUGGUGGGGCACCUCUUGGAUCUGAAGUAGGGCGGGCAGAUGUGGUCGAGUGUCAUUUUGGGCUCUGGAUGCCGGGGGGGGGGGGGGGGGGGAGGCAGGGGCCCAGUGUGCCACCUGCUGGCUACGCCACUGUGGUGCACGCAUGCCAACGAUCUAGUCGACGGAUAGCAACAUGGAGCUGAGAACGGUGUCAUCCACAGAUAUGUAAUCAACAUAUGCAAUUGUUUUGGCACCAACAGUUGUAGGUAUCAAAGAACUAAGCACACGCAACACGACCAGCAUGACGAGUUUGACCGCGAACUGCACAAACACCAACCAGCUUUAACUCCUCCGACAAAUGACGAUGAUGAUAAGUCCGCACCAACGGGGAAGCAAAUGCCAAUCUCGAAGGCCUUACUUUCGUGAGCAGUUACGUCGUAGACACCAUCUUUGCAAUACCGAUGUCGAGGGCUAUGCUUUUGUUCGCGGAAACCAAAAGUACCUGUCGCUUGCACCUCUCAUGCAGCUAAUCUUAUGGUCAAGCCAGGGCAAGCUGCGUGAAAAGUCAAUAUGGCCGUUCUCUUCCUUGGUCGCUCGGUCGGCUCGGAGCACACUUCACGACGUAUCAUACGGGAACAGUCCCACAGUUAUGACGUAACAGCGGGGUUAAAAUACAUUGGAUCCUAUGAGAGCUAUGCGGGGAUUGGUGGAAGACGAUGUAGCAGCCAGGAAAACGCAGCAGAGAGAAACGUUACAGCAGGUUUCUGCUGUAUACACAAUUUUAUCAAGUUCAUCAAGGGUUUCAACACUGUGAAUCAGCAGUGUGCUGGUUCAAGCAAAAAGGCGGCUAAACAUUUAUAUAUGGGGUGCUUUUUUUAGACAAUACAGAGUUUUAAUAAAAAUGUUGUGACAGUCAGGCCCCUGUUGUCUUAGCAUACAAACUCUACGCCCAGACGAAAAAAGUUUGCCACACCUGAAGUUACAUUAACAUGACCAAUUAAUGAAAACUCGUUCAUUAACUUUCUAAUUAAUAACCUUAGGGUCGUUGUUUAUACAGAAGAGCUGUAGGGCGUGACAAUUUAUGCAUGCCCAUUUUCUUAAAAUCGCAAGAAACGCACAUAAUUUGAGAUAAUAAUCACUGAAUUUCAAGACCCCGAUCGAGGCGAUGCCGAAACUGAGUGCUCUGGGUGUGCAGCAAGUCUGUCGGCACUGGAAGCUCAUGACUACUUUUGAAAAAGGCGCGUCGCAGCAGAAUAUGGUCUGCAAAAACGGCAAGUCCCAAUUACCAGGGCCGUAACUAAGGGGAGGUUGAGGGGGUUCUGACACCCACCGAAAUUUUUUCAUGCUUGAACUUUUCGGGUGACACUAAAAUACUUGCACGCCCUCACAGCAACUACCAGUUGCCAAAGUUAGCCGUUCUAUGUACAAACACCCCCCGAAAAAAAUUCCUGGGUACGGUGGUGCCGAAUACCCAUAUGGAUUGCUUAUUCUCAUUUGGGUACUUGGGACGACUUGCUGUUUUUUAAGACCUUAUUCUGCUGCAAUGCACCUUUUUUCAAAAAUCAUCACGCAAGCUUCCGGUCUGGCGUAACUGGGCUGACGGAUUUCCUGCACACCCACUGCAAUCAGUUUGGCUUUCUGCUUGAUGAGGGCCUCAAAUAUCUAUGAUUAUUAUCUCAAAUUAUGUGCAUUUUUUCUGCGAUUUUUAAAAAAUGGGCAUGUCAUAAAUUGUCACGUCCUACAACUCUUCCAUAUAAUUUAAACAACGGCUCUCAAACUAACAACUAAAGUUAAUUAAUGAACUUUUGUUAAUUACUCAUUUUAAUGUAACUUUAGUUGCGGCAAAGUUUUGCCACCUCGGCGUAGAGUUCGUUUGCGAAGACGACAGGGGCCUUACUGUCAUAGCAUUUUUAUAAAAAUUCUGUAUUGCCUAAAAAAAACACUGUAUGCCUCUUUUACAUACCAUAUGGGCAGAUUAUCAUUUAUUGUGCAGGUUGGUUGUAUGCAGCAUGUAAAUACCUGAUAGCCUUCAGUGUUAUACGUAAAGACUGGAAAAUUUAGUGUCACUUCGAGCCAACUUAAUAUGCUUCACUGAAUCCAGUUUGUAGCCUUGGUGCUGCGCAGCAAAAUAAUGUCACUUGAAAUUUAUUUCAGUAACAAUUGCAUGGUAAUAGAAAAUGCUUGAGGGGAUUAUCAUAUUUGAAAGGUAUCAAUAAUCUUAAUUUCACAUGAAAGAUGCAUCUGAAUCAUGCCCAAUGAAACUGUUAAGGCAGCAACGCAACAGGGUGGCUACUUGGGCUGGUUGGUACUGCAUUCUAAUAGGAAAAUACUUUCUUUGUGCGCAAAACGUUUGAGAAAAGAAGUCAGAUGGGACAGAGCACACACUUACAACCAGUUUAUUGCUCAGGUGUCACGAAAGUAUAUACCAUCAUGAGGGCGAGGAGAGGACACACAGAGAAAGGGAAAGUGACGGCGCACGGGAUUUCAAGAUGGAAAUAUGAUUUGAAGAUGUGAAUAAGGUGUUCUUGCACGUGGGCCAUCACUUUCCCUUUCUCUGUGUGUCAUCUCCUCACCCUCAUGAUUGUAUGAUUGAUUUCGUGCCAUCUGAGCAAUAAACUGGUUGUAAGUGUGUGCCCUGUCCUGUCUGGCUUCUUUUCUCAAACGUAUUGCGUACAAAGAAAAUAUUUUCCUUUUAGAAUGCAGCAACGCCAUGGUGUGCCUUGGAAGUUUUGCAUUUCUGCACUACAUGCACAGCAAAACACUACGCCAUUGGCAAAGUACCAUGCUCUUCACUUGCUUGCCGUUUUACGAGUACCACUGUCAAGGAAAUAUACUUUGAGCGCGAUAGGCCAACUGAGUUUGCCAAUGCACUCAAUGUUGAAUGGCCUCCACAUCGAACAUCACUUCUUAGCACUCCUUUGGAUCCAACUACAGCCCCUGCUUGACCCCAAUGUCAAGUGAAACCAGCUCAAAGUGACACUAAGUUUGACCAUGUGAUGGGGAUAUCCGAAAGGGAGCAUUUUGUCUGCAAUAAAAAGUGAUGCUGGUUGUAUGUAUAUAUUAUCAGCAGCUGCAGUUAGAGUGCAGCAGUGCAUUCCACAAAUCAUGGAGGUUGUCAUAGAGGUCACUUCACUGUGUGGUGUCUUACAAUCUGUGAAUCUCAACAAGUAGAUCGAUCUGGUCCCAAGUUUUGCGUGUCUUCUUUCAAUUUUUUUUGUCCAGUUUUCAUUCUCACAUUUGAUCAUGUCAAGAUUGCUUCGUCUCGUUUUAGUUUGUUGUGGGAAUUGUGUAAUGCUUUUUUUAAAAGUUGGCGGGAAUUGUCACACUUUUUUUUCUUUGGCAUGAUGUUAUGUACCAACACUGCAUGUCUUGUCAAUAAACAGUAAGAUUUUU